AUGGCAGGGAUCUUAGCCUGGUUCUGGAACGAGAGGUUUUGGCUCCCGCACAAUGUCACCUGGGCGGACCUGAAGAACACGGAGGAAGCCACCUUCCCGCAGGCGGAGGACCUCUAUCUCGCCUUCCCCUUGGCCUUCUGCAUGUUAAUGGUACGGCUCAUCUUCGAGAGAUUUGUAGCCAAACCAUGUGCCAUAGCCCUCAAUAUUCAGGCCAAUGGACCACAGAUUGCCCAGCCAAAUGCCAUUCUGGAAAAGGUCUUCACUGCAAUUACAAAGCAUCCUGAUGAAAAGAGAUUGGAGGGCCUCUCCAAGCAGCUGGACUGGGAUGUCCGCAGCAUUCAACGCUGGUUCCGACAAAGACGCAACCAGGAGAAACCAAGCACGCUGAAGAGGUUCUGUGAGAGCAUGUGGAAAUUUUCAUAUGGCCUUUAUAUAUUUACCUAUGGAAUCCGGUUCCUGAAAAAGACCCCCUGGCUGUGGAAUACAAGGCAUUGCUGGUACAACUACCCCUAUCAGCCACUCACACCUGACCUUCACUACUAUUAUAUCCUGGAGCUGUCGUUUUAUUGGUCUUUAAUGUUUUCCCAGUUCACGGAUAUCAAAAGAAAGGACUUUGGCGUUAUGUUCCUGCACCACCUUGUAGCUAUUCUCUUGAUUACCUUUUCAUAUGUCAACAACAUGGCCCGAGUAGGGACCCUGAUCCUCUGUCUCCACGAUUCAGCCGAUGCUCUUCUAGAGGCUGCCAAAAUGGCAAAUUAUGCCAAGUUUCAGAAAAUUUGUGAUCUCCUGUUUGUUAUGUUUGCCAUGGUUUUUAUCACCACACGACUGGGCAUAUUUCCUCUCUGGGUGUUAAAUACCACAUUGUUUGAAAGUUGGGAGAUUGUUGGACCUUAUCCUUCCUGGUGGGUUUUUAACCUACUGCUGUUGGUAAUACAAGGUUUGAACUGCUUCUGGUCUUACUUGAUCAUAAAAAUAGCUUGCAAAGCUAUUUCAAAAGGCAAGUCUGGGAAGUGGAACCCUUUACAUGUGUCCAAGGAUGAUCGAAGUGACAUUGAGUCUAGCUCAGAUGAGGAGGACUCGGAACCUCCAGGGAAGAACCCCCACACUGCGACCACCACCAACGGGACCAGCGGUACCAACGGUUAUCUCCUCACUGGCGCUUGUGCCAUGGAUGAUUAA